AUGGAUCCUUUGAAAUUACGGGUGUACACCGAGAGAUUCGAGAAAGAGAAAAAGUACAUAAAGCUACAAGAAGAAUUCGUCGCGAUCGCGAAGAGUCAACCAUUGACCGGGAAAUUUUACGCGAAACACGACGUCAUCCCGGCGUCCGAAGUGCAACAAGAGUACGUCGAUUUAAUUACAAAACGUCUGAUCUCGGUGCCAACGGAUAUCUAUCAGUUUAGGCCGCCGUCUGUGAACAUGGAAUACGGCUGGUUCUCGAAGCCCCUGAUACCUCGAACGAGGGAUCCUAGAUUACACUUCCCCAGGCAACAAGCGGAAUUCAUCGUUAACGAGAUUCUGAUACGACGCAGUCAACGAGGUUUACCGGUUGAAAAAUUCACCGGAAUACCCUUCAAAGUAUAAAG